GUUCUUACAUAACCUAAAUUUUGUUUGGAUUGUUAACAAAAAUAAAUUAUUAAUUUAAAUCAUUAAUUCCGAAAAUUCGAUUGCUCGCAAUGUUCGAAUCCGCCUCAUCUGAUUCUGAGUAUGCCUUCCUUACAAAUAGAUGAGUAAGUCGGACUAAAAAAGCGAAUAGCAUGAAGUUUAAAAGUAAAGCAAGACCAUUUCUGUUACCCAUUUAUUUCCAUAAAGAGAAGGCAUGGAGCACCUUUUCUUUAUUUAUGGGAGGCAUAUUGAUCAUAAUGUUUUUAAUGACUGUAGUUUUGUCUAUGAAACUUUUAAACGCUACUGACUGCAAAUCUGAUCAAAUCAUUAUAAGAUAUGUUGCCAACAAUAUUCCUAACAUAGAAAAAAUUGAUGCAUCCUCUAAACACCGGUUGGGUAUCAUAGUUCCUUAUAGGGAUAGGUUCGAGGAAUUACUUGAAUUCAUACCUUACAUGCACAGUUUUCUGGAAAAACAACAAAUAUCUUACGAUAUUUUUGUUGUGAAUCAAGUAGAUAAUUAUCGAUUCAAUAGAGCCUCAUUAAUUAAUGUGGGGUAUCUGCAAAUCAAAUCAAAUUAUGAUUAUUUUGCAAUGCAUGAUGUGGAUCUGUUGCCACUGAAUGAGAAUUUGAGUUAUGCAUAUCCUGAACAACCAUAUCAUUUGGCAGCUCCAAAUUUACAUCCAAGAUAUCAUUAUGCUAAAUUCAUAGGUGGAAUUUUUCUGAUAAACAGAGAACAUUUUGAAAUGGUCAAUGGCUUAUCAAAUCAGUAUUGGGGUUGGGGAUUGGAGGAUGAUGAAUUUUAUGUCAGGCUCAAGGAAUCGAAUUUGAAAAUCGUAAGACCUGAAAAUAUCACCACUGGAAUCAACAAUACCUUUAGACAUAUUCAUAGCAAAGAUAGAAAGAGAGAUACAAUAAAAUGUUACAAUCAACGGGAAGUUACCAGGAAACGAGAUAGAAAUACUGGACUACACAAUGUAAAUUAUAAAAUAAUCAGUUGGAAUAAUUUGACUAUCGACAACUUGCCAUUUACCCUUAUCAAUGUAAAAUUGCACUGUGAUUUCAAAGUUACACCAUGGUGUAACUGCACAUCAACAUCAAAGUCCCCUACUAACGAAAAAAAUAAAGAACCUGGUAAAGUUGCAUUGUGAGAGGACAAUAACAUAUCAUUGUAUAGAAGCUGUUCUCUGAAAACCCAUGUGAAUCAAUUUAACAUUUUUCAAUCCCUGAAUAUACUCUACUUCAUGCAGAAUCAUUAAAUACAAUAAUUGUUUCUGUCCAUUUAAGUGUAUUUAUGUGAUUCUAAUAUGUAUUUGUGAUAUUAUUUAAGAGAUAGUGACUGAUAACUUACAUUUGUAAUUAAAUUAUCUCAAGAAA